AUGGGAGAACCCAAUAGCAGCACCCCAACUUGGCCAUGGACUCUUGGGGAAAUCCACCCAUCAGAGAACCCCCACAGUCUCAUGUCAAAUUACGACAUCCCCUUGGAUUACGAGGUUCCGUUAGAUGAGAUUCCUGACACGACUCAGGGACGAGCGUUCUUUGUGGCUACCAUCGUUAUUGCAGUGGUCCUGAUCUGUAUCAUGCUAGUCUGUGGUGUUGGGAAUUGUCUCUUUAUAGCCUCAUUGGCACGUUACAAAAAACAAAGGAAUCUCACCAAUUUACUCAUCGCCAACUUGGCAAUAUCAGAUUUCCUGGUGGCGACUGUGUGCUGCCCAUUUCUGGUGGAUUAUUAUGUGGUGAAACGGUUAUCUUGGGACCAUGGGAUUGUGCUUUGUGUCUCCAUUAACUACCUUAGGACUGUGUCUCUCUACGUGUCCACCAAUGCCCUGCUAGCAAUUGCUGUUGACAGGUACAUGGCUAUCGUUCAUCCCCUGAAGCCCCGUAUGAAGUUUCAGACGGCGUACUGGAUUAUUUUUGGUGUUUGGAUAAUCCCGAUCCUCAUAUCGGUGCCCUCAGCCUACUUCGCAACAGAACACGAGUACCCGCAGAGCACGCUCGCCCAAGACAAGAAGAUCUUCUGUGCUCAGAUCUGGUCUGCGGACCAGCAACUCAUGUAUCGAUCCUACUUCCUGUUCAUAUUCCUAGUUGAGUUCUUGGGGCCUGUAGUCACCAUGGCUAUCUGUUAUGCCCACAUCUCGAGGGAGCUGUGGUUCAAGAAUGUCCCAGGAUUUCCAACAGAGCAGCUGCGGAGACGACUUCACCGACGGCGCAGGACAGUCAUCGCAUUGAUAGCAGUUCUGGUGGCAUAUGUCUUGUGCUGGGCCCCGUAUUACAGCUUCACAUUGCUGCGCGAUUUCUAUCCCACGCUGAUCACGCGUGAACGUAACUCGCUAGUGGUUUUCUACAUCAUUGAGUGUAUUGCAAUGAGCAAUGGGGUCAUUAACACUCUGUGUUUUGUUAGUGUUAGAAACAAUGUAGCAAAGUGCUUCAGGGCCGUCAGACUUGCUAACUGGCGCUCGCUCACAAGGACGAUUGUUGGCAAGAUGGCGGAAGACGACAUCAGGACUUCAUCCUUGCGAAUGACUGAGGAUGUGGAAUGUACACAAAUUAAAUGAAAGAAUGGAAGGAUAAAAAUGCAAAAUAAAUGAAAAGGUUUGGCCAGGUGGUCUACCCAGGGCAUUGUAAACCUC